AUGAAUAAACAUUAAAAAAAAAAAAAAAGAUUCAGGGAACUUAUCGGGAAGGCUUCCAUUUAAAUGGUCACAUGAAAAGUUUAUUCCCUGAAGAAAUACUCUUCUGUAGAAACACCUUAUUUCCUGAUGGAGAGCAAAUAAGAUGUGAUUGUAUCAUGGCGCUGGACAAAUGCCCGGAAGCUCUUCCCCGAGAACCCACUAGAAGAAGGAGUAAAGAGAGUGUAUAAAACAGGCCAUGAGUGUGUGUUCUGUGAACACCUGCAGCGGAGAGAGACGCGAUGGGUUUCCCGGAACUUCUCCACGCUGCUUGGGCCAUGGGGAAAUUCCAAGUCGUCUGAACCAUGCUUAUACUUUUCCCUGCCAUCCUGGCCUCCUGUAACAGCCUCCCGAAGACCGUCACAGCCAUGACCCCAGAGCAUCACUGCUGGCCAGCCAACUGGACCAAUGGGUCCCCUGUCCCGGAUGGGACAGCUUUGUGUUGACACUGUAGCUUGAAAAAUAACAGCUUUGUUCUGACACUGAAGGUCAAGAGAUAACAGUCUUGCUUUACUCUUGUACAUUACGCUUCAUACUCUUGUAAAUCAGGCUUCACCAACUAAAGAAACAAAAGUUCAAAGGGGAUGGGGACCGGCUGAGUCUUCAUCCCGCUGGACAAGGACCAGAAGCCUGAGCGAUGCCUGAGGUCCUCCGAGCCCCCCUGGCAGAUCGUAAACCUCAGUGACUCCUCCUUCUUGAGUCCGGACACCGAGCCCUGCCUGGAUGGGUGGGUGUACACGUAGAGUGUCGACUCGUCGAUCGUUUCUGAGGGGAGGCAAAGCCAGAGCCAAGUGCUGAGCCUUCUGGUGAUUUUUUUGGUUGGUUUGUUUUACUUUAAUCAAGAUAUAACUUAACUCCAUUAAAUGCUCAAAAUUUAAGUGCGCAGCUGGGUAAGUUUUACACACGUAAACACCAGAUCCAGAUACAGGUGAUUUCCGGGACCCCAGCAGUCUCCCUCGCAGCCCUCUGCGUCAUUACUGGAUCCCCGCUAUAACCGCCAUUCAGACCUCUAUCAUCAUCAGUUGAUUCUGCUUAUGUUUGAAUUUCACGCCAGUCGAAUCGUACGGUAUGCGCUCUUCCGUGUGUUGGGAUUUUUUUGUGCUCAUUACAGGUUUUUAGGAGUCAUCCAUGGUGAUACAGGCUUUGGGAGUUGGUUCUUUCUCAGCGCUGCAAAGCAUUCCAUUGUACGAAUGUACCACAGUGUAUAUAUCCAUUCUCCUCCUGAAAUACAUCUGUGCUGUCUCCAGGUUGGGGCUAUUAUGAACAUCAUGGUCAUGAACAUUCUUGUACAAGUAUUUGGGUGGACACAGCCACUCAUUCGUGCUGGGUGUAUGCCCAGGCGUGGGCGUGUAGGAUCACAGAGUGGCCCCAGAUUCUGCCAAACAGUUUUCUAAGUGUGUAAGACGUUCAGACGUGUCUGAUUGCCUCAUCUCCUUUCCCACACCUGGUCCAACUGUAAGGGUUAAAUUGUAGUGUAGGGCUAAUGCGUAGCUUGAGAGAUAACAGCUUUGUGUUGACACUGUAGCUUGAAAAAUAACAGCUUUGUUCUGACACUGAAGGUUAAAGAGAUAACAGUCUUGCUUUACUCUUGUACAUUACGCUUCGUACUCUUGUAAAUCAGGCUUCACCAAGGAAGGAAACAAACGCUCAAAGAAAAGAGCAUCAGAGUCAGGGUCAAGGAGAUCCACUGGUUGCAACUUAGCGGCAGAAAGUCUAAAAUAAACACCUCAUUCAGCAACUGUUUCUAACUCAGCUGGGAACCGUUUCUCUGUUCUGUUCCCGGGUGAUGAUAAAACGGUGUGAUCGGCCAUAAAAACUCUGUACCCUGGCUGUUCGAGGCCACGCUCUGAUCAAGAGUGUUGGUCCCGAUCGGUCGGCCUUGCCUCUCAUUGCAAUAAACUUUGUUGUGACUGUCACUGGUGCCCGUAGCAUUCUGUUUCAGGAGUCGUGUGGAUGCAACAUUCGGUGCAUUGGCCGGGAAAGUGAAAGGUCUGAAACAGGGCCCUUUCCUCGGACUGCUCCGCCGACCCCUGGGAGGAGGCUUGGGAUUGGGAGAGGUAAGGAAUUCUUGGAGCGCGCCAUUUGAAUGACUCAGGAGGGUCUGCUGGACGCGGCUAUAGACCCAGAGUCAGGGAUCCUACUGGGACGCCGGUGGGCCCCAUUUGGUUUGGUUUUUGUCAAGAAGGAUCCUAUUUUCAGGUGGCUGCCACGGCCUACUGGCCUUGAGAUCUCGAACUUGUGUUUUCUUCGUGUCUUAAUUGUCUUCUUCCUGUUGACUGUCUGUGCGUCCUUGUCAGUUCUGCCUAUCUUUGUCAUGGGUCAAAAUCAGAGCACCCCCACCCCUCUGAGUCUCGUACUAACCCAUUUCCAGGACUAUAAAAAAGCUGCCUCAGUGUUUGGCCUCCAUGUUAAGAAGCCAGUCCUUCGAACUCUCUGCGAGGUGGAAUGGACCAGCUUUCAGGUCGAAUGGCCUCCACAGGGGAGCUUUGACCUUUCUUUGGUAUAUAAGGUUCAUGAUAUUGUCUUUUCUAGGCACGAAGACAAAAUCCCAUACAUUGGAGCGUGGAGAACCCUCAUUGAAAACCCUCCAGAUUGGUUAAAACUUCUCCUUCCCCUUCCCCUUCCCCCUCGCCUCCCUAAAGUACAGGCUUUGCUGCUCAAAGGCCGCCCAUUUGGAGCUCAGAAUAAGAAUCUUGAUGGGACUAAGCAGCCACCCCCUCUAUCACCUGCACCGGAGGAAGAAAAAGAAACUUACCACUCGCCACCCUAUAGUUCUCGCUCAAAGAAUAUGGGUCAAGAUGCUUCAGAUCAGGAGCGACCUUUACAACUGGAAGCUUCGAAACCCCUCGUUCUCAGAGAAACCCCAAGCAUCAAUUUCUCUCCUUGAAACUAUAUUUGUGACCCAUCAGCCAACCCGGGAUGACUGCCAGCAGCUGUUGCAAGCUCUCUUCACCACUGAGGAGCGAGGUAAGAUCCGUCGCGAGGCUCAGAAAUUAGUGAUGGGACCAAACGGGCAACCCACCGAGGAUCCCGCUGUAGUCGAGGAAGUCUUUCCUUCCUCGCAUCCUGAAAAUUGGGACCCAAACACUCCUCACAGUAGGCGAUCAUUGACUCUAUUUCACCAGACUCUACUGGGAGGUCUCCGAGCGGCUGCCCGCCGGCCCACAAACAUGUCUAAGGUAACAGAAGUCAUACAGGGGACCGAGGAAAGCCCCUCGGCCUUCUUAGAAAGGCUCAUGGAGGCGUACCGCACCAUUACCCCUGUAGGCCCUGAGGCACCUCAAAACAGAAGGGCAUUAAAUCUGGCCUUUGUCUCACAGGCAGCCCCAGACAUUCAGAAAAAGUUACAAAACUUUGAUGGGUUGAAAGGAAAAAAUUUAUCUGAGUUAGUUGAAAUAGCCCAAAACCUUUUUAACAGUAGGGAUUCUCAGGAAGAAAGACAGACACAAAAAUUGACUAGGGGGGUAACACCCGUCCUGGAUGCCCGCGAGGGAAGAGGACCCCAAACGCCCAAAGAAUUCUGGUCUGGGCCAAAGAAAAAAGACAGACAAAGGGUUAGAGCGCCACUAGGAAAAAACCAAUGUGCAUAUUGCAAACAAGAGGGACACUGGAAGAAAGAUUGCCCCAACUUAGCCCAACGCAAAACUCGGCCACCCCAGGCGUCGAUAAUGACAGUUGAUUCCGACUGACGGGACCACGGCUCGGUGGCCCCUUCUGAGCCUUUGGUUACUGUUAAUAUAGGGGGCCAGCCUAAGACUUUCUUGGUGGACAUUGGGGCAGCCUUUUCAGUUCUAAAACAAGAUCCUGGCCCCACCAGGCGAGGAGCAACCCUGGUGCAAGUCUGGGUCCCAGACUUGUAAAUGGACCACCGAACGACAAGUAGAUUUCGGCCGUAAAACUGUCACACAUUCUUUCCCAAUCAUGCCUGAAUGCCCCUGCCCUGGAUUACUAGGUGGAGACCUACUACAUUAACUAACGGCUUCUUUGAAAUUCACUAAAGGGGGUAUGCAUAUUAAAGUCGGCCAGGAUGGCCCAACAACCGUAAUGGCGACUGUGCCACUUGGGGAAGAGGACCUGCUCACUCCGGUGCCUAAUGGAAGUGUCCAUGCAGUCCAUCCCCUCCUCAAAAGCCUCCAGGCGGGCUUCCCCCAGGUAUGAGCUGAGACCAAUCCACCCGGGGCUGGCGAUUCAUCAAGCUCCGAUAAUAGUGGAACUUAAGGCAUCCGCGCUUCGGGUAAGACUAAUAUCCCACGCCCCGGGAGGCUCGGCGGGGAAUCGCCGUUCACAUCAAGUGUUUGCGCGACUCCGGCAUUUUGAUCCCAUGCAAGUCGCCAUGCAACAUCCCGCUUCUCCCUGUCCGGAAGCCUAACUCAUCCGAUUUCCGGCCAGUUCAGGACCUAAGAGCAGUAAACGCCAGGGCAAUGGACAUUCAUCCCACUGUACCCAACCCUCAUACUCUCCCUAGUUUGCUUCCCCCUUCUCAGGUGUAUUAUAUACAGUUCUGGACUUAAAAGAUGCCUUCUUUGCCAUCCCGCUGGCCCCACAAAGCCAGCCACUAUUUGCAUUUGGAUGGACGAUCCUGAAGAGGGAAAAGCCGGACAGCUCACCUGGACGCGACUCCCCCAGGGAUUUAAAAAUUCUCCUACUCUUUUUAAUGAGGCCCUGCCCCAGGAUUUAGAGCCAUUUCGAAUCUCCAACCCGCAGGUAACUCUAUUGCAAUAUGUUGAUGAGAUCUUGUUGGCGGCCCCCUCUCGUUUAGGAUGCCUGAAGUGCCACCAAAGGACUCUUGAGUCUUCUGCGAAAACUGGGGUACCGAGUGUCAGCCAGAAAAGCGCAGCUCUGUCGUGCUGCGGUGACCUAUUUAGGUGACAACCUUAAACAAGGUAAGCGCUAUCUCGGUGAACAAAGAAUUCGGGCUAUACUCGAUAUUCCUCAGCCUAGAACUCACAAACAAGUCCGCGAGUUCCUUGGGGCGGCAGGCCAUUGCAGACUAUGGAUACCUGGCUUUGCUGAACAGGCAGCCCCUUUGUAUGCCGCUCUCAAGGGGUCUCCGGAGUCCUUCACAUGGGGGGAGACUCAAACUAAAGCCUUCCAGGCCUUACGAGAUGCUCUCACGACCCCACCGGCCUGGGCCCUGCCAGAUCCCACCAAGCCAUUCCAUUUGUUUGUAGCCGAAAAAGGGGGGGUGGGGUAGCCAAAGGAGUUCUGACUCAGCGCCUGGGAACUUGGCACCAACCGGUGGCCUAUUUAUCCAAACGGCUGGACCCAGUUGCUUCCGGGUGGCCCCCACGCAUUCGACAAAUUGCCGCCACUGCUCUCCUAGUUAAAGCCGCAGACAAACUAACCUUGGGGCAGGCAUUGUCUGUCACGGGGCCCCAUGAAGUGGAGGCUUUGCUGCGGGCUCCCCCAGAGCGAUGGCUGUCAGAUGCUCGGAUUACCCAAUAUCAAGCAUUGCUCCUCGACCGGCCCCGAAUACGUCUUUGUGCCCCCGCGGCCUUAAACCCAGCCACUUUGCUGCCCGAAGGACAAGGUCCCCCUCUGCACUCUUGCCCAGAAACCUUGGCGAUGAUCUCGUCCCUCCGCUCCGAUCUUACGGACGUUCCCUUACAGGACGCUGAUAUCAACAGGACCCUGAUAUCAGCAUGUUUUCAGGCGGCAGUGGUUUGGUGUUUCAAGGGCAAAGGCAUGCCCGCGCUGCAGCGAUGACAGACCGCGAGGUUCUAUGGCAACAGAGCCUUCCCCCCCCCCCCCCCCCCCGGGAACUUCAGCCCAGCGUGCAGAGCUCAUGGCGCUAACAAAAGCCCUAAAACUCGAAAGAAACAAGGCAGUUAAUAUUUAUACGGACCGCCGCUGUGCUUUUGCCCCCGCCCAUGUGCACGGAUCCAUUUAUCAAGAGCGCAGCCUCCUCACGACGGAAGGCAAGGCCGUCAAAAACAAAGCUAAAAUUUUAGACCUUCUGGCUGCCGUCUGGGAACCUGCAAAACUGGCGGAUCAUUCACUGCCGGGGACAUCAAAAAGGCGACUCCCUAGAGGCAGUCGGAAACCGCCUGGCUGAUGCCGCAGCCCGAGAAGCUGUCCUAACUAAAAGUGAAAGUGCCUUGCAGCUACCGAUCUUGACCGGUCCUGCUUCCCCCGGAGCCCAGUUGCACUCCUAAAGAUUUGGAGCGGGUUUCCAGAAAAGGGGGGAAGUAAGAUGCCGGGACAAAAGUGGUUUCAGGAUCCUGAAGGUAAGAUACUCCUACCCGCGGCACUCGGGCGGCGCAUGGUGGGUCAGCUCCACCAAGGGACUCAUCUGGGAAAGAGGAGGAUGGCGCUUAGUGCGGAAAAAGUUCAGGGCGCAAGGGCUGGGAGAAGAGAUUGAAGAGGUGGUUGAAAGAUGUGUAAGUUGCGCCCAAGUCAAUCAGGCCGGUUGGGGGAAGUAGAUUUCACUGAAAUUAAACCAGGGGAAUACGGGUACAAAUCCCUGCUUGUUUUUGUAGACACCUUCUCCGGGUGGGUGGAGCCUUUCGUCACUAAAUCAGAAACGGCUCAGGUGACAGUUAAGAAAUUAUUAAAUGAGAUAAUUCCUGGAUUCGGGCUGCCUCUGAGCAUAGGAUCGGACAAUGGCCCGGCCUUCACAGCGCAGGUGUCCCGGGGUCUAGCCCGGGCACUGGGAGUAGAUUGGAAAUUACAUUGUGCAUAUAGACCCCAGAGCUCGGGUCAGGUGGAAAGGAUGAAUCGGACCCUAAAAGAGACCUGAACCAAAUUGUCCCUUGAGACGGGCGAAAAUUGGGUCGAUGUCCUGCCUCUUGCCCUUUUGCGAGCGUGUUUUACUCCAUUCGUCAAGGGAUUUUCCCCUUAUGAAAUUUUAUUUGGCAGACCUCCACCUAUCCUGCCGAGGCUAGGAGACGACAGAAUGGAACAGUUGGAACAGGACCAGUUGCUGGCUUCACUCGUGGCCCUGCAACAUGUACAGAAGGAAAUAACCAGGCCCUUGAGAGAAGCCUUCGCUCAUCCUCCUGUUCUUCCCCACCCCUUUCAACCAGGAGACUUAGUCUGGGUCAAGAGGCACGAGCCUAAAACCCUGGAGCCACGCCGGAAAGGACCGCACGCUGCGAUCCUGACUACACCCGUGGCCGUGAAGAUAGACAGUGUCCGAACCUGGAUUCAUCACUCUCAGGUCAAGAAAAACUGCGUGAAGGCGGGAACACCCCCAGACUGAUACGGAACCGGAUAACGAACACAAUGGAAGGUCCGAAGGCACCCAGAGGAUCCUUUAAAGCUAAGACUGAUGUGGGCGUAAUAAUAAUAAUUGUCUGGGUUUGUAUAAUGGUAAGCGUGGGGGACUGUACGGAAUUGCAUCCCUUAUCUUUUUGGCCAUACCAAGGGGAACUCAGGGACACUGUCACAGGGUAGGUGAUAGCAUCUAAUACCUCUUCCCUGUGCCUUGUUUUUUGUUUGAUUUAUGCGACUUGGUGGGGGACUCAUGGGGGACUUUAAUUACUAAUUAUAAACAGCCAACGGGCUUUGCUCCUCCGGUCCCCAAAAACCCCUAUAUGGUUACGUAUGGAUGUGGACACAGGGAUCAAGAACAAAAAUUGGCUGACAUACCAGGGUUAUACAGUUGCCCUGCAAAUAGAAACGUCGAAUGCGAAGGAAAAGGCCAAUACCAUUGUGCAAAAUGGGGUUAUGAAACGCUGGCUCCCUGGCUGGCGGGACAGGGCCAUGACCCCUUAAUCACCCUCCUUAGAACUCCAGAUCCCAAAUGUAAGACCCAAGGAAAAGGCAACCCAACAAAAAUAUGUUUAAAAAAGGUUUCUAGUUCCCGUACCUUUUCCUCUUCCUGGGACACUGGAUACGCUUGGGGUCUCAGGAUGUCUGCUCCAAGAGUUGACAAAGGCAUUUCCUUUACUAUACAAAGGGUUAAAAAAAAAAACAACUCCACCCAAUCCGGUAGAGCCAAACAAGGACAUGAUUUUACACCCCCGCUCUUUCCGACUGUCCCUUCCCAACCUACCCUGCGAUCGGAUGCCCCCACAAAGUCAGAAUUACCAACUAUAGGUCAUAUCCAGAGCCCAUUCUCCCCUGCAAAUGCAGUAGAUUCUAUGUAUGCUUGGCUAAAUUCAUCUCACACCGAGAUUGUACAAGAUUGUUGGCUGUGUUUAAACCCUAACCCCCGUAUUAUGUGGGAAUGGCUACAAAUGCCAGCAUUAGACAAGACAUAGAAAAGCCUGUCAUAAAAUUGCUAAAUCCAAGCAUGUCAUUGUCCCCUUGGGGUUCACAACCAAUUUUAACCCUAGGAGACCUCCAAGGACAGGGUUGGUGCAUAGUGUCCCGAGAAUAUAAUUCCACUCCUAGUGGGACUGGGUAUUGCGGGACCCACAGCUAUUGGAACUGCUGGACUCAUUGUGGGGGACGAAAAUUUCAAAACUGUAAGCGAGCAAGUAGACCGAGACCUAGGCUACUUGGAAACUUCAAUUUCUCGGCCGGAACACCAACUAGACUCUUUAGCCGAGGUUGUAUUACAAAACAGAAGAGGGCUUGAUUUACUCUUCAUGAAGGAAGGGGGCCUCUGCGUGGCCCUCGGGGAAAUGUGCUGUUUUCAUGCCAACAAUUCCGGAGUAAUCCGAGACACUCUCAGUUUGGUCAGGGAUAAUCUUAGGACCAGGGAACGUGCCUUGGAGGCCAGCGAUAAUUGGUAUCAGAGUUUAUUCUCUUGGUCCCCCUGGCUCACAUCACUGCUCACCGCCGUAGUUGGGCCACUGCUAUUGUUACUUCUCGGGUUAACUAUCGGCCCGCGCAUUAUCAAUUGGUUAGUACAGUAGGUCAAGAGGCGAGUUGGUGAAACAAAAAUAAUGAUGAUUAGGUCCAACUAUGUCCCCUUAGUUCCUAACAAUGAAUCAAGGGAUUGAUUCACUGACAAGAAAAGGGGGAAAUGUAAGGGUUAAAUUGUAGUGUGGGGCUAAUUGUAGCUUGAAAAAUAACAGCUUUGUUCCCACACUGAAGGUCAAGAGAUAACAGCCUUGCUUUACGCUUGUAAAUUACGCUUCCCUUCGUACUCUUGUAAAUCAGGCUUCACCAAGGAAGGAAACAAACGCUCAAAGAAAAGAGCAUCAGAGGCAGGGUCAAGGAGAUCCACUGGUUGCAACUCAGGGGCAGAAAGUCUAAAAUAAUCACUUCAUUCGGCAACUGUUUCUAACUCAGCUGGGGACUGUUUCUCUGUUCUGUUCCCAGGUGAUGAUAAAACGAUGUGAUCGGCUUUAAAAACUCUGUACCUCUGCUGUUUCGGGGUCACAAUCGGUCGGCCUUGCUUCUCAUUGCAAUAAAUUUUGUUGUGACUGUCA